AUGUCCACAGGCGUGAGCAAACAACCCAGAACAGUGCGGAGGGAUUCCCGCUCGACAGUGAGUAAUUCGACGGAUUGGUCCGGGAUGUCCGGUACAGAUGGGUUAAUUGAGGAACAAAGUUAUUACCCAGACCCCAAUUACUCGACUCUUUUCGAUCACCCUGAUACCCCUGAGUACAUCACAUAUACAACAGAGGCGGGGUGUGACUUCAAAAUUAUACAAAUGGCGACACUUGAGAAGUGUCUCCAGACGAUGUUCUCGAAAAGUUUUAAUGAUGGAUACUUCCAAGAGUGUUUCAUCUUAGCGUAUCGUUUGGUGACAACACCAGAAAGGUUAUUAGAUUUAAUAGGUAUCUUAUUUGAUCCAGUUAUACCCGAAGGAAUGGACUGGGAUACAUUUGUGAAAGAAGUAGUGACGCCACUGCGACUGAAAAUCAUGAACUUUGUGAGGACUUGGCUGAAGAACGCGUGGAAAGACUUUGAAGGAAAAGACGAACUCAUCGACAAACUUCAGCAGUUGAUAGAAAGGUUCAAACAGUUUUCAUCGAAAAUGGGAACUAAUAUUAAUAAGCAAUUAGAACUUAAAAUUGCCCACGUCGAAGCAAAAAGUGAGGAGUCUUCUAUGCCUGGGAUCAAAAUAACACAACUGGAGAAGAAUGAGAAGUAUGUGAAUGUCCUCCAAUACCACCCGGCUGAAUUUGCACGACAAAUCUCUUAUUUGCAAAACAACAUAUUCAGGAAGAUCCCAUAUUAUGAAUUCUUGGGGAAUGGGUGGACCAAGAAAGACAAAGAAACAUUGACACCACAAAUCAUGCGACUAGUUCACUCAACUCAAAGACUGUUUGGGUACGUCCAAACAACGAUUCUUGCAGUCAACGACGUCUCAAAACGUGCUAUUUUACUCCACUACUUUUUGGUAGUCGCCGAUGAAAUGCGUAAAUUGAAUAACUUUGAAGGGAUGAAGGCCGUGUAUUCUGCACUGAUGUCAACACCAAUUUUCAGACUGAAAGAUACUUGGGACUCGAUCACAACAGAAGACAAAGAGAUUAAUGGGCGCUUGAGUGAAUUGUGUGACCAAGCCAAAAACUUUAGUAAGUUACGAGAAGUGAUGAAAAUAGCCGUGUCACCAUGUAUCCCAUUUUUGGGGAGUACAAUGGGCGACUUAGUCUUUGCAGACGACGGAAAUAAAAGAGUUGGAGAAGACAAAUUGCUCAUCAACUGGUUCAAAGUGCGACAGAUUGGAAAUUUGAUCAAAGAAAUCAUGGUGAAACAGGCGGUUGCAUACCCAUUUAGAAAAUAUGAUUCAUUGGUCGAGUAUUACAGUGGAGCGCCUGUGCUUGAAGACGAGGAACAGAUGUAUGACUUGUCUGUGUCACUCGAGGAGAAGCGUGGGGAGAUGAAUUCCGACCUCGAGAAGAAGAUAUCCAAACUCAAAAAGGAUGGUCACGCAGCCGUCAAGAAGUACGUCAAAUUUUAUUCAAAAGCAGACGGAUCGAAGUGA